CGCCGCCGCAGUCAAGAUGAAGCUCAACAUCUCCUACCCCAACAAUGGCACCCAGAAGCUGAUCGAGAUCGAAGAUGAGCGCAAGCUCCGCGUCUUCAUGGACCGCCGCAUGGGCCAGGAAGUUCCUGGUGACAGCGUCGGCGACGAGUUCAAGGGCUACAUCUUCAGGAUCACCGGCGGCAACGACAAGCAGGGUUUCCCCAUGAAGCAGGGUGUUAUGCACCCUACUCGUGUGCGACUUCUCCUCGCUGACGGCCACUCCUGCUACCGCCCCCGUCGUACCGGUGAGCGCAAGAGGAAGUCCGUUCGUGGCUGCAUCGUCGGCAUGGACCUCUCUGUCCUUGCUCUGAGCAUCGUCAAGAAGGGUGACGACGAGGUCCCUGGCCUUACCGACACCGUCCACCCCAAGCGCCUCGGUCCCAAGCGUGCCACCAAGAUCCGCCGCUUCUUCGGUCUCAGCAAGGAAGAUGAUGUUCGCAAGUUUGUCAUCCGCCGUGAGGUUACCUCCAAGAAGGAGGGCGCAAAGCCCUACACCAAGGCCCCCAAGAUCCAGCGUCUGGUUACUCCUCAGCGUCUCCAGCACAAGCGCCACAGGAUCGCACUCAAGCGCCGCCGCGCGGAGGCUUCCAAGGAUGCUGCCAACGAGUAUGCCCAGAUCCUCUCGAAGCGCAUCGGCGAGGCCAAGGCCGCUCACGACGAGGCCAGGAAGAGGAGGGCUUCUUCCAUGAGGCAUUAGAAGAUUAUCAUGAACGCAUGAUUGGGUCGUGAAAUGAUUACAUUGGCGUCGGCACGAAAACACGGUGUGGGCUCCUGUAACUGAAUGAAAACUUCGGGAUUCUAGGCAUAGGCGCUUCUCAUACCACGGCUGC